UAAAGUGCGUGGCCCUACGCGCCCCCUUUAGCACGACCAAGCAGCCUUCUGGUUACUUUCCAGUUUUCAGAUUACUCAAUCGCGUCAAUGACUCGCUUUUAGUUUAGGUCUUAACUACUUCCUCUCUAUGCCUACUCCUUUUCUUUCUACCCUUUCGCAAUUUCUAAAAUUUUGUAAAUUUUCUUUUUCUGGUUUUCAUUUUCUCUCCAGGCGCGUACAUGUGCAAAACCAAAAUGGCAGUCGACGCGUCAGACCCCAACUCAGCCCGCUCCACCCGAACUCGUCCUAGUCAAGCUUCCCGGACUCGCUCCUCUCAAUCUCCACGCACGCCUUCCACGCCUAGAUUGCCAACCUUCGCCAGCAGCACCGCCUCGUCCACCUCCUUCUCUGCUGCCUCUGCUCCCUCAACCUCAAACACCUCGGGUGGGUUUUACACUACUACUUCGUCGUCCACCUUAUCCAGCCGAACCUCCCUAUCCAGCCUCCGCCAAUCCAUCUCUCAAAGCCCUAACAUAUAUGACAUCUCUGAAAUUCGAGCAGCCACCAACAAUUUCCUCGCAAAACGUUACUCCACGUCUUCUACCGCCUGCUGGCGCUGUACUCUAAGGGACAGUGAGACGAUAGUCUUCCAGCGAAAGUUCCGCCGGAAAAUGGAAAUGUCGCAGCUGAGAGAACAUCUGGGAGUCAUCUGCCGGGGUCACCACAGGAGCGUAAUCAAAUUAUUGGGCGUUUCGCUAUCAGGAGAACAUAUCUACCUCGUUUACGAAUUCAUCGCCGGCGCGAAUCUCGCCGAUUGUUUACGCAAUGCGAGGAAUCCGAACUUUACGGUUCUUUCAUCGUGGAUUUCGCGAAUGCAGGUCGCCGCCGACCUGGCUCAAGGACUCGAUUACAUCCACAACCAAACAGGCUUAAACUUAACCCUAGUACAUAACCACAUCAAGAGCAGUGGUAUUAUCGUUACAGAGCCACAUUUCAAUGCCAAAAUUUGUCAUUUUGGUACUGCACAGCUGUGUGGAGAACCGCAAGAGAGUAAGAACCUAAGAAAGAAGAGUUCAAUUUCGAAAGAGAAGAGUGAAAUCACUGAAGUUAGUGAGGAAGAUGAAGAUAAAUCGAAACAAUUGAAGAGAUCUAAUAGUGGAGUUAUGCAAUUCGAAGGUGUGAGAGGCUACAUGUCGCCGGAAUUUCAAGCCAGUGGAAUCGCGACGCAAGAAUCCGACGUGUACGCUUUCGGUGUGUUGAUAUUAGAGUUAUUAUCCGGUGAGGAGCCGCUGAAAUACAAAUACGAUAAGAGCACAGGAGAUUUUAUACGAACGUCAUUGAUAGAUACAGCAAGAGCGGCGAUAGACGGUGGCGGCGAUGAUGCCGGUGGUGAUGGAGGAAGAGAAGGAAGGUUAAGGAGGUGGAUGGAUAGGAGGCUGAAUGACUCGUUCCCGGUGGACAUAGCGGAGAAACUAACGCGUCUAGCACUACAAUGCGUACACGUGGAUCCAGAUAAGCGGCCAGAUAUGGGACACGUGGCAGGUAAGAUUUCCAAGUGGUAUUUGGCUUCGAAAACCUGGUCCGAUAAUUUGCGGAUGGUGUCUGGUCAGUUUUCAGUCUCCUUGGCACCUAGAUGAGCUGGAAAAGAAAAAAAAAAAAAGGAAAAUUAAAAUCUGGCUGCAUUUUGUUUUAUUUUUUAUUUAAUUUUUAAAUAGAAAUUAUUGGGCAUUUAUUUAUUUA